GCUGCUGCCGGGAGAGAAAGACAACCCGACUAAACAGUCGUCAGGCUGCUAGCUGAGCGGGCAGCAUGGCGGGGCUACAGGACUUCCAACAAGGCAGCCACUGUCACAGGAAGACGUGGAUUAAUAUACUACUUGGAAUAUUACAGCUGCUUUUACCCUACGUCCAGCAUGGAAGGGCUCAGCUGCCAGGUCUGAGUCAGAUGUCCACCAGCGUGGUCGAGGUCUGGCAGCCGGAGGAUGCAGACCCAUUAGCCCCGCUGCAGGUGGAGAAGGAGCACAGAGGAGAGAGUCUUCCACUAGAUGACAGCUCCUCUCCAUAUGCAAGGGAGAUUGGGAGGCCCUUGCAUUUUCAGCCUCCACUGCUGGAGUUUGGGAUGCAGCCGCUGGGGCUACCAAGAGCUGAAACGAUAUAUAUACACAACCCCAGCCAGGAAGUUCCUGUAACACUGCUGUCAAUGUUUACAUCCAGCAGGCAUUUUUACAUACCUUCCUUUCACAGAAGAGUGAUCCCACCCAGAGGGAAGGCAUCUUUUAAACAAAUUUUCCUCCCAUCUGAGGAGGGCAAUCUAGAAAACACAUUAUUUAUAAACACAUCAGCCCACGGGCUACUGUCAUACCAGGUGUCUGGUGUGGGAGUUUACCAGGGUUCAUUAAAGUCUGUCCAAAACAAGGAUAGUCUGUUAAUAUUCCCUCAAAUACAGAGCAUUAAGCUGACCCAAACUCAGGAAGAUGCUUCCAACAUCACUAUACUGGGUCUGCUCCUGGAGUGCAGCUUACCGAAGAAUUUGCUCAACACACAGGGGUCCUGCCUCCAUAGUGAGCAGCGUCUUAGUUUGCAGAUUAAUCUGUCGACGCGUGGGGACCGUCCUGCUGAUUUGGACAAGCUCAAGCCUUACAUUAUUGAGCACAUUCUGGUGCUGCUGGUGGCCCCCAGCGCCGGACAGGCCGCAGGAGGGGAACCCAAAAUAGGAGUAUAUAUCUUAAACUCUGGAAGCAAGGACCUCUAUGUAAAGGACUUGCAAGUGCUGUCAAAAGCUGAGGUCAACCUGGACAUUCAUCAGGUUUCUCUGAGACCAGAAGCAAAAAACUUCACUGAAGUGGCCACCCUGUCCUGUAGAGAUUCAGUGCCAGGACAUGGGAGAAAAUGCACAAGUCAUAUCAGCCUAAAGAUUUGGGGAAACAGGACAACCUACAGCUUCCCUGGUCUUCAUAUCACAAACAGAUGGACCACUGGAGAUUUGUCCAACCUGGUGCAGAUGAAACAAAGAGAAGGCAACCAGGUGGACCUGUGGCUGACGAACAGCCUGCACUUGCCUCUCACUGUGUUUAAUGUCAGUCUUCCUCAGAAGCUGCAGGGAGUAAUGAAGGUAAUGAACUUCAGUGGCCCACUGACAGUUCCCCAGGGCUGUUGGCGGAUCCUGUCCCUUAAAGUGCUCAGCGGAGCUCUGCCUGUCAACAAGCUGUACACCCUUAUUCUGAAAACUAGCCUGGGCUCUGCUCUGCGCAUUCCCCUACACUUUGAACUUUCUUCUUCUUCUUCCAAGCAGGGGGAAGUAGUGUUUACAGCAGAGCAAGAAUGUGGGCAGCCUUGCCCUCUCAGAUUGUCUGAAAAAGGUCGCUCAGAAUGGCAGCGCUCUCUCCUCCCAGACUUUUCCCCCUCAUCCUGGGCCGUAGAUAGCAAGCUUUCUGCUGAACUCUGCUCUCGAUGGCAGAACCGCAAAGACAAACUUUCUUGCAGAUGGCCCAGACUCCCUGUAGAGAUGUCAUCCUCUCUGGAUUUUGGUGCCACACAUGUCAAUGAGAGCAAGGUGAAAACAUUUGUACUGAAGAAUCCUUCAUCUUCAGUAAUUUCUGUGGAAAUUCAAAUCCUCUCCCGAUACCCUGCCCCCCUGGAGGCUCUGGACCUCCUGACCAAAUGGUUUAAUAUCAGCCCUCUCUCUGUCAACAUUAGCACUACAGCAUUUUCCCUGUUGCCUUCACCUCUCAAGGCAAGUGAGACUGUUGGCCUCAUUAGAGGAGAAGGUGUCCUGCGUCUCCUGCUGCAGCCCUGGGAGGCUAGAGAGGUUGCUGUGGUUUUUAGUCCAUCUGAACACAAGCCAACCACUACCAUUCUCAUCAUUAGGAACAACCUGACAGUGUUUGACAUGGUUAUGGUUCAGGGCCACGGGGCCAAAGAGCUGCUAAGAGUUGGAGGCAAACUGCCUGGACAGGGAGCCUCUCUGCGCUUCAAUGUUCCUCAGUCAACCCUAAUGGAGUGUCGUGAUGGUCUGCGCACCAACAAGCCACUCUUUGCCAUUAGAAAAAGUUUCAAGGUGGAGAAUGCAGGCGACCUCCCGCUGACCGUCCUGUCGAUGAAUAUCAAUGGGUAUAAGUGCCACGGAUUUGGCUUUGAGGUGCUGCAGUGUCGCUCCUUCAGCCUCAAUCACAACACCUCCUCUGAGAUCACCAUAGCGUUCACCCCAGACUUCACGUCUUCCUGGGUCAUCCGAGACCUCACGCUGGUGACAUCACGUGGCACCUCCUUCCCUUUCACCCUCAAUGUGACGCUGCCACACCACAUGUUGCCUCUCUGUGCUCAAGUGGUUCCUGGUCCCAGCUGGGAGGAAUCUUUCUGGGUGGUUACUCUCAUCUUCACAUGCUUCUCCCUGUUUGGCGUGUGUCUGAUGGCUUUUCGUCAGGCUCAGUAUAUUCUACAUGAAUUCUCCUCACCCAGUAUCAGGAGCAACCACAACUUUGUUAUAUCUCGGGAUAAUGGCUCCAUCAACAAUAUCACUCCCAAUGGAGUAAAUAAACCAAAAGGAAGUUGUAAGAGCUAUGUGGACACCUGUCACACUUCUGACAAAGGUAAGGGACGUGGUUCUCCAGCUUUAGCAAACAGCCGCGCCACACGUCUUCAGUCAUCGAAGAAAGGCUUGUCAACUGCCCCAUCUCAGCCACAGAAGAAGCACAAGGUUUCACUCUAUUACACCAAGUACAAGCCUAGCUCAUCCACAGCAGCACCUAGUGGUGCAGCAAUGGAUGAAGAGCAUGAAGACCUGACAGGGGACGCUCCUGUAACCCCAGAUCCUGAUGUGUGCAACAACAACAAUGAACCGUCGUUCAUCAGUGAGCUGAACAAGAAGAUGUCCUCUGACUUUCAAGAAGUCUCCCACAGACCUAUAGAGGAUAAAGUUCCAGCUGAAGUUAUAUUUCCUGUGGAAAUACCUGCUGGUUUCCCAGAUAAUAAUGGACUGAGGGCAGGUCUGUUGGUGUGCAGCCCUGUAGAGAAGAGCUGCUCCGAUAGCUAUGCAGCGAAGAUUGAAAAAAGGGACAGUUCUGAACUGGAGCUGCUAGAAGAAAAAGGCCAGAAAAAGAAACUGCAGAGCGCAGAGCCUGGCACCGCACCAGCAAAUACAAAGGGAAAGAGGAGUCGCAGAAAGACAGAAAAUGUCUCUAGCGGUCCUGAGCAUAAUGUAACAGUGAUACCAGAGAGGGAGAAGGAACCCGAUUGGAAAACAAGGGAUCGUAACUUCAAUGACACCCACAACAGGAACCACUGCUGCAACAGUUCCAAGUCAGAAACACCAAAGCCUAUACAGAGUGUCGAGAACACCCUAAAACAGAACGCAGGCGUUUGUCCCGCCCGCCCUCGAAGAAAGUGUCCUAUGGAACAUCGUGGUGGUGGAGUGUGCGAGUCGGGCUCAGACUCUGGCAGUUCUUCUGGAAGCGUGAGGGCCAGCAGAGGGAGCUGGGGCAGCUGGAGCAGUGCCAGCAGCAUGGAGGGAGAGAAGGACCACAAUGCUCGAACGCACGCUUGCCCUACCUCAUCUAGAAAAAGGGAAUGCACGCAGUACGGCUACCCAGUAGAGAGAGACUGCUACCAGACAAUGAAUACAAGUUACAAGGCUCUAAGCAUGAGCAGCUUGUACCAUAAAGACAUGUGCCAAAGCCCAGAUUCCACAGCACCAAACCUUGCUCCAAGCUUUGCUGCUGUAGCUGCAGGAGUGGACUGGAACAUGGACCUCACAGGACAGUAUUUUCCUGAAGAGACGUGGUCGGCUCCAUCCAUCCCCCUCACCAAUGAGUUCAGAUACAACACCACCGAAGCGCUGCCCUACAUACCUCAGUCAACAACCAGGCCAUACAAUGGGUUUUCUUGGAGUAGUGCCAACAGUCAUUGCAGCAGUCAGUACGCCUACUGUGGGGAAGAACAUGUCAUAGGUAAUGGAACAUUUCCAAGGGGUUUUCCCAGACAGGAGAGUCGGAACACACACAGCAGUCAGGCCGGCUGGACUGAGGAACAACCUCAGGAAUGCCCUUCAACCUGGGACUCUGCAGCCUGUGUGGGCAACAAGGCAUUCCUCUCUGGCACCCGCAGCCUCUCCCCCAUGUCGAGCCUGUUUGGAUCCAUCUGGACCCCUCAGAGCGAGCACUACCCGAACCACUUCCAGUCUGAACGAUCGGCCCCCAUGUCCCCCGUGUCGCCCAUCAGCCCUCCCCACUCCCCUUUCACCCGGGACCCGGUGGGCCCCUGUGGACCCAUCCAGUACUCCAGCUUCAACCCCUUCGGCCCACACAUGAACCUGGACAUAUGGAACUCUUCCUCCAACCGCAGCUCCAACUCGCAGCUCUCCAACGACUCCGGCUACUGUGGAGACGUUUAAAAGGAUCCAGCAAACAAAAUGGCAGACCUUAACAAUAUUUGCAAAAAUAUAAAACAUUGAUAUGUAAAAGAAAGGAUAUAAAAAUGAAUGUUGUUUUAUCAUUAUUGGGGAAAAUGUGAAUAUUCCUUUUCUUUUAUGUUCCCAUUCUCAAAUGUUAAAUGUUGUGAAAAGUUAAGCAUUUGUUGUAUAUUUUUCUAGAUGUUUUGCAGUUUUGAUCCUAGAAAAUUAAAAAAAGGUUUUGUACUUGAA